AUGGGAGCCCGAUCUGCCAGGAGCCCUGAGCCCCCGUGGCCGCCAGCGCCCUCUCUCUCCUGCUCGGGAGGAGCCCUCCUGGCGGUGCUGAUGCUGCUCGCGCUGCCGGCUGCCUGGGGUCAAUGCCAAGCCCCGCCAUAUUUUGCAUCUGCCAUGCCCACAAGAUGGACUGAUGAGGUUGAGUUUCCCAUUGGGACAUCUUUGAAGUAUAAAUGCCGCCCUGGUUACCAGGGGAGAGGUUUCUCUAUCACCUGCCUAGAAAACUCGGGUUGGUCAAGCCCUGGAAGCUGUACACGUAAGUAACUCUGGACUGAGAACUCCUCUGUCUCAGUGAAACAUCCAUAAGAACUGGUGCAAUUGUUCAGAUUUGGGAAUGAAAACAUCUAUGACUUAUACCAACUCAUUGGUGAAACUUCUAAUCAUUGCGCCAUCGUAGGCAAUACUGUUGCCUGGGAAAAUCAAGUACCUGUUUGUAAGAUUAUUCAAUGUAAGACACCACCAACCAUCACCAACGGAUAUUUCAUUAGCUACAGCGGAGACGAUUUUCCAUACGGAAUAGUGGUGACCUAUCACUGCAAUGACAGAAAAGGAAGGGAAAAGUUUGAACUCGUGGGCGAGAAGUCAAUACAUUGCACCAGCAAAGAUCAAGUGGGCCUCUGGAGCGGCCCUGCCCCUCAGUGCAUCGUACCUAAUAAAUGCACGCCUCCGCACGUUGAAAAUGGAAUAAGGGAGUCUGAGAACAGAAGCUUGUUCUCCUUAAAUGACAUCGUGAGCUUUAGGUGUCAGCCUGGCUUUGUCAUGAAAGGCCCCUCCAGUGUGCGCUGCCAGGCCCAAAACAGAUGGGAGCCCGAGUUGCCCAGCUGCUCCCCGGGAUGUCAGCGGCCUCCAGAAAUCCUGCAUGGCCAGCACAGCCCCAGCGACAAGGACAGCUUUUCCCCUGGGCAGGAGGUGCUCUACAGCUGUGAGCCCGGCUAUGACCUCCGAGGGGCCGCCUCUCUGCGCUGUACGCCCCAGGGAGACUGGAGCCCGGCCGCCCCCACAUGCGCAGUGAAAUCAUGUGCUGCCUUCCGGGACCGACUUCCUAAUGGCCGUGUGCUCUUUCCACUUAACUUCGAGCUUGGAGCACAAGUGUCCUUCGUUUGUGAUGAGGGAUUCCAUCUACAAGGCAGCUCUGCCAGCCAUUGUGUCUUGGUUGGAAUGGAGAGCCUCUGGAAUAGCAGUGUCCCUGUGUGUGAACAAAUCUUAUGUCCAAAUCCUCCAGAUAUUCCUAACGGAAGACACACAGGAAAACCUCUGGAAAUCUUUGCUUUUGGAAAAGAAGUAACUUACACAUGUGAUCCCCAACCAGACAGAGGGACGACCUUCAGUCUCAUUGGGGAGAGCACCAUCCGCUGCACCAGUGACAGUGAAGGGAACGGGCUCUGGAGCGGCCCUGCCCCUCGCUGUGAACUUUCUGGUCCUGCUGCAUGCCCACCUCCACCCAAGGUGCACAAUGGGCGUCACACUGGAGGACAUGUAUCUCCAUAUCUUCCUGGGAUGAUCGUCAACUACACCUGUGACCCAGGCUACCUGUUGGUGGGGAAAGGCUUCAUUUUCUGUACACAUGAGGGAAACUGGAGCCAAGUCUACCAUUAUUGCAAAGAGGUAAAAUGCAGCCCCCCAGAGUUUACGAAUGGAAUCUGGAAGGAGUUGGACAUGAGGCAAGAAUUUCGAUUUGGAGAUACUGUAACCUUGGAGUGUGAAGAUGGGUAUACUCUGGAAGGCAGUCCCCGGAGCCAGUGCCAGGCAGAUAACACAUGGGACCCUCCUCUGGCCACAUGUACUAGGACAUCUGGCCGACGUAAUGCUCACAUUAUUGGCAUAUCCUCCGGUGUGGUCAUCUUUAUUAUACUCGUCAUUAUUUCCUGGAUGAUUCUAAAGCACAAAAAACGCAGUAAUACAGAUGCAAAACCUAAGGAAGUCAAUAUCCAUUUACAUCCCCAAGAAGACAGCUGUGAUCAUGGGAAAAGUCUGCAAACAAAUGAGGAACAUUGCAGUGUCCUUCCUUGACAACAUACUAUAAAACUGAAGAACAUCUCAAAUGAAAAUGCUCAUUGGAAACGAGCCAAUUCAUUUCAACAGAAUAAGAUCUGAGACUCAUAAAGUCCUUGAAGUGACCUCA